GCAUAGGAGGUUGAGGAGCAUAUUAGGACGGCGGUUGAGUGAGCCUUGGCUACUGAUAUCAGCGAGUAGUGGAGAGUAUGGMAGACCGGGAUAUACUGAGGGUGACUCUUUCCCUACGACAAGAUAGGACAGGAGGUUGGGAGGAUGAAGCGCUAAGGAAUGUUGAGCGACAGGUCAGACUCAUGACGGAGCAUGCUCUGGAGAUACGGAGAAGCCAGAGGGACGAUGAGAUAGACCGAGACCGCAAAGAUCACGAGUUGUUUGUGCGGGCAAGGAGGCUAGAUGAUUACCCCCGAAGCCCUCGCUAUGAGGCCGAUCGGGGUACAGGCGACUCCCGCGGCCGAUGGAAGAGGGACGGCAGAUACGAGAGAUCGGACCGGGACGGAUAUAGGGACGAGAUAUAUGAGAGGUCGGGUCGAGAUGGCUACAGAGGAAGUAGAUAUGAGAGAGGAGAUCGGGACUGGGAACGACAAGAUAGGUCGCGCGGACGGUUUGAACGCGGAGGAGAUGUGACAGGGCAGCGCGACGAGUUGCGGGGAUGGUACAACCGAGGGGACCGACGCGAUGAGUCACGAGGACGAUAUGACUUAGGGGAUCGCCGGGACGAUUCGCGAGGGCGAUAUGACCAAGGAGGGUCUGGAGGAGACCGGCGCAACGACUCGCGCAGUCGGAAUGAGAGAGGGGGAUAUGGUGUCUCAUCAGAACCAUAUCCAAAGUCGCCUGACCCCAACGCGGCCAGGAAAUCGAUCCCUAAAGGCGCAGACGACAGGGCAUCUACUCCGAGGAACUCAUGCGUCUACUGUAGAGGAGAAGAUCAUAUCAAGAGGGAUUGUCCGGACCUUAAACGGGUAAUAGAAGAGGGACUUGUCGUGCUUGACGACCGCAAGUACGUCAAGUGGGCAGAUAAUCUCGGAGAUGUAUCGAUGUUCCCUUCGAUGAAGGAGAAUGUCGAAGCAAGGAGAAUAAAGACGAGUAAAGAAAUGGAGCCGGUCAGAAGCCAGAGCAUCAAGAUAACCUUUGAGGGGGAUAUGACAGCCACACCGAUAAGGGUGGCAGCCACCAAGUCGUUAAAAGGGUCUACAUCGAAGAAAACUGAUACGGAUUACGUGAUGACGGAGAAGGACGGGCAGCGGAUCGAUGGAGAGGAGCCGGCUCGUGAUGAAUUACAGAUGAUCACGCGGAAGACUCGCAUACCUCUAUCAGAGGACGAUCAGGGAGCCCCUAAGGCGGAAGCUUCUACAGUUACAGUAACGGGGAUGACUGCCAGAGCGGAUCGCAUGGCGUCCGUUCUUCUCGAUGGGAUGGAAGGUGUGCCUCCAGACAAGUUUUAUAUACUUGGUAGCGGAGCCGUGGGGACGAUUAUAAACGAUGGAGCAGUACUCGAUGCUGUGAUUGAUAACGGCAGUGAGGCUGUCAUCAUAGACGAGGACCUGGCGGUACAAGUUGGACUGGGCCUCGAUAGGUCAUACCUAUUCGAGAUAGAGACGGCUGAUSGGAGAAAGCAACAGAUCACUGGGGUUUGUCACAAGGCAGUUAUAGAGGUCCAAGGGGUGCGAGUGACCCUGCCUGUUUUCGCAGUCAAGAACUGCAGCUUUGACCUGCUCUUGGGACGGACGUGGCUGAGCCACGUGCAUGCGGUAACGAUAGAGCGACCUGACGGGAGCCAGACAUUGUCCAUUAAGAGGCCAGACGGGACGCGAGUGAUGAUUGAGACGGUGGAGCCUCGAGACCCGAGGAACAGAGCAGCUCUCGCUGUGGGUGCGAGACCCAGUGAUCAGGUUUGGUCGUUACCUAUCUCCAGCCGUGCGGUGCGAUUUCGAGAAAAGGAGUAUGGACCACUGCUCACAGAGGAAGAAGGCCGAAUCGUCGAGGUAGAAGAUUUAGAGAGUCGUUGUGUGCAACUACUGCGCUAGGGGGGGGUUAUAACCCAUGACUUAAGUAGGAAACGAGGGUGAACAAACUUUUCGAAAGGAG